AUGUGGAUAACUCUCAAACAGAAACAUGGUCUGCGUGUCAAAAGGGAGACCGUCAUGAGAAUGCUCCGGCAGCUGAAUCCACGCGGGACCCUGUUGCGGGCACGUCGCAGGUUUAUCCGUCGCACGUACCAUUCAAUGGGUCCGAACUACCUGUGGUAUGUAGACGGGUAUGACAAAUUAAAACCUUUUGGAUUUGCCAUAUCUGGUUGUAUAGACGGGUUCUCCCGUAGAAUAAUGUGGCUCAAAUGUGGACCAACCAACAACAACCCUGAAGUGAUAAAAAACAACUUUAUUGACUGCAUCAGAAGUGUUGGUGUGGUUCCCAUGAAACUCUGCACAGACUGUGGGACAGAGAAUGGGGCUAUGGCAGCUGUCAAAGACAGCGAAGAGCCUCAGCUGACAGAUGACAUUGGGGAGCCACACACAGAGACCCUAGAGGAGACUGUCGACCACAGCGCAGAUUUGGUUUACUCCCUAAAUGACAGGCCACCAUGGUACCUCUGUAUUCUGCUCGGCUUCCAGCAUUACAUCCUGGCCUUUGGAGGCAUCAUCGCCGUCCCGCUGAUCCUGGCUGAACCCCUGUGCAUAAAGGACAACAACAUCGCCAAAAGUCAGCUCAUCUCCACAAUCUUCUUUGUUUCUGGAUUAUGUACGCUGCUGCAGACUACAAUUGGUACCAGGUUACCAGUCCUCCAGGGUGGAACCUUCAGCUUUAUCACUCCGACCCUGGCCAUCCUCGCUCUGCCCAAGUGGCAGUGUCCGGAGCAGAAAACAUCUGUGAUGCUGUCCAUGCAGCUGCAGAACAACAGCGGGCCGCUGCAUGUGGAAAACUCUGAUGAGGUGUGGAUGUCACGGAUGUGUGAGAUCCAGGGAGCCAUCUUGGUGGCCUCUCUACUCCAGAUCGUCCUGGGCUUCUCUGGGCUGGUGGGCUUUGUGUUGCAAUACAUCGGCCCACUGGCUAUUGCUCCCACUAUUAACCUCAUCGGCCUGUCGCUGUUUAUUGAAGCUGGAAAGAAAUCUGGAGGUCACUGGGGAAUAGCUGCUCUCACGGUCUGUCUGAUCCUCCUGUUCUCUCAGUAUCUCAGCAAAGUCGAUGUUCCAAUGAUUGCUUACAAGGAUAAGAAGUGGAAGGUUUUCCAGUAUCCGCUCUUCAAGCUCUUCUCUGCUUUGUUUGGGAUGUGUGGAGCCUGGCUGGUCUGCUUCUUGCUCACCAUCUUUGACGUCCUUCCUUCAAAGUCCAAUGAGUACGGCUUCUCAGCCAGGACGGACAUCAGCCUGGAUGCUGUCACAAACUCCCCCUGGUUCCACGUUCCUUACCCAGGUCAAUGGGGUAUGCCGACAGUGAGUGUGUCUUCAGUGUUGGGCAUGAUGGCUGGUGUCCUAGCAUCAACCAUGGAAUCAAUCGGGGACUACUACGCGUGUGCACGCUUGUCCGGCGCCCCUCCGCCACCAACUCACGCAAUAAAUCGAGGCAUCGCCGUGGAGGGCAUCGGCUGCAUCCUGGCUGCUCUGUGGGGAACGGGGAACGGCACCACGUCCUACAGCCAAAACAUUGCUGCACUUGGCAUAACUAAGGUGGGCAGCAGACUGGUUCUCCAAACGACUGGCAUUCUGAUGAUCGUCCUGGGAAUCUUUGGGAAGUUUGGAGCUGUUUUUAUCACUAUCCCUGACCCGGUCAUCGGCGGCAUGUUUCUCGUAAUGUUUGGAAUGAUCGCAGCAGUGGGGAUAUCAAACCUCCAGUACGUGGACCUGAAUUCGUCCCGUAACCUCCUCAUUCUGGGCUUCUCUACCUUCAGCGGUCUGGUUUUACCUUCCUGGUUUCACUCGAAUCCCGGCAUCAUUGACACAGGUAUCAAAGAGCUGGACCAAGUGAUCGUAGUGCUCUUCACCACACACAUGUUCAUCGGAGGAUUCUUUGGGUUCAUCCUGGACAACACCAUCCCAGGCACUGAUAAAGAGCGAGGCAUCAAGAGCUGGCAGGUGAAGGUGCAAGCGGGAAACAACACCAUGUGUGACCCUUCUUGCUAUGAUAUCCCUUUCUGCAACAGUCUGCUAAAACGCUUUCGAUGUUUCCAGUACCUGCCCUUCCUCCCGUCUUACAAGUCAAACCAACAGGCCACAUCUAAUUAAUGAGGGGGUUCACUUGAAAGGUAGCAUCUGUGUCAAGCAGUAUUUGGAGAGCAUUAAAAAACACAAAGAGGAAAAAGUGGAACAAAAAUUUGCUUUAAUUCUGACUCAAACAUCGUCGGUCCAAAAGUGAAUGGGUCGGUGAGUCAC